CUUCUGCAAAUGGUACAAAACAGGAGUUUCUGCUUUGCUCUGUGGAACAAAGACAAAUGAAAUGUGAUUGGCUCUUUGCUUUCGAGAGUGCAAUAAAAAGGCAUGUGACAAAGGUACUGGAAGCAGGCUCAGACCAAUUGAUAUCUGCAAGUCAGACGUGGUGAUUUCUUUCAGAGCAACUUCAAUGGAGUACAGAGUAAAGCACAGGGAGGCAAAGUGCAGGGAAGCUCUGCAGGCAGACUUUGAUGCAUUCGAUAUCUCAGAAGAGUUUGGAUUCAUCCUGGAAGAGCCACUGACUCACCUUCCAGAAUAUUAUCAGGUGUGGAUGGACCUAGCAAAUAAUCUCGCACACUUGAUAGAGUCCCAUAAACUUCGGGAUCUGGUUCAUAAGAUGCCGGUUUUGAGUCCCCACCACUUGACUAGCCAUCGGGAGCUCAGGCUGGCUCACUUAGCUCUGGGAUUUAUCACCAUGGGGUACGUGUGGCAGGAAGGACAACAUGCACCUGCGCAGAUUCUCCCGAAAGCUCUGGCUUGGCCAUAUUGGAUGGUCUCUUGCAGGCUUGGACUUCCCCCUAUUCUGACAUAUGCAGAUUCAGUUUUAGCCAACUGGAAGCUAAAGGAUCCCACAGGGGACAUGGAAAUUGGAAAUAUGGACUUGAUGUUUUCCUUUCCCGGUGGAGAGACAUGCAGGGGAUUUUUUAUGGUGUCAUUGCUUGUGGAGAUGGCUGCUAGCUCAGGCAUAGCGGGGGCCUUGGAAGUGAUGCAUGCGAUGAAAAUCUCCGACCUCGUCGGCAUACAGAAAGGACUAAUCAGAGUAACUCAGUCUUUGAAGAAAAUGAAGGAAACUUUCCAACUCAUGCACAAUCACGUGGAGGCGACGGCGUUUCACGGAACAUUGCGAAUUUUUGUGUCAGGGUGGCGGGACAACCCCAUGCUUCCAAGGGGGCUUUUGUAUGAAGGUGUUAGCACUGAGCCAAUUUUUCUGUCAGGUGGAAGUGCAGCUCAGAGUUCAGCCAUUCAGUGCUUCGACGCUUUGCUGUGCAUCCAGCAUGAGGGAGAAGCAGGCGCCUUCCUGACACGCAUGAGAGAUUAUAUGCUUCCUCCCCACCGUCAGCUGAUAGAGACUCUGUCUGUCUGCUCAUCACUGCGAGACUUCAUCACGGCUUGCUCCAGCUCUGACCUCUGUCAGGCAUACAACUCCUGCGUCUCUGCGCUGGUGGAUUUACGGAACUAUCACCUCAACACUGUCGCCAAAUAUGUCAUCGUUCCUGGUAACAAAGCCCGGUCCCUGGGCUGCCCUUUCAGGGGGGUGGGCACAAUGCUGAACAGCACUGGGACUGGUGGAUCCAACCUCAUGGUAUUCCUUAAGAGUGUUCGUAACUCCACAGAAAAAGCCCUGAUCACAGAGAGGCCAACAACAUCAAGAGAAGCAGAAAUGUAGUCUUCCUUUCAUUGCACACCAACCAACAUCUAUUUAUGCACUUUACCCACGAGGUGUUGUUCACCAGAGACAAAUGCACAUUUGUAUUUAAAUUUACUAGCCUAAAUAAAUACAAUAAAAUGUAGUGUUUUGCUGCAUUAAAGUGAGCUGUAAAACAACAGUGGGACCCUAAAAAAACUGUUAGCCUCUGAAGGACAAACUUGAUAUCUGUAAGACUUGUGAUUUAACUGCAAUGAUGCAUGAAUGAUGCAUAAAGGAAGUGGGGAUUGCACCAUAACGCCAAUGCAGUGGAUGUGGUAAAUUUAACUACACAUUUUAAUCCACAGAAAGGAGAAAAAAACCUGCUCUUAAAGAACUAGGACAGUUCGUUUGCAGUUAUACUUUUCCUUUUUUUGUUGUUGCUUUGGAAAUUAAUUUAAUCUCAACAAAUUAUAUUUUAUGUACAAAUGUUGUUGUGUAGUGUUGUAGGUAGAUUGCUCCAAUAUAAAUUUUGGAGAACAGUAGGGUCGAAUGAAAUGGAGAAAAACAAACACUUAUUGUGCAAAAAAAAAAAAAAAAAAAGAGGAAGGAAAAGGAAGGGAUUAAGCAGAAGUCACUUUUAAAAUGAAAGCAAAAGCAAUCAAGGGAGAAGAAGAAAAGAGACUAUAGUGGCAAUAAGGACGGACGAUGGAUGUGGGUUUGGGUCAUCAGUUUGAUGGACUGGAACCGCCUCUUUUCUUGGAUCUGAAGGUUGUUUGUCUUCUUUCUAUUGAAGACUAAUCAGGUUUUAAGAAGGCAGAGAGGAGCAGGGAUGCAGAGAGCUUAGCUGUUGUCAUGAUCAAACUCUGCCUCAUAAAGCAAGUAAGUGGAAUUGUGACUUCUGUCAACUUUAGAGUUUCAGUGUUAAAGGAGUAUUACUUAAUAUUUUGAUAUUUUGUUUUUUCUUUAUAAAAACUCUCAUAAACAUUAGUAUAUUUAUGGUUUUAUUGAAUCCCCCCAAGUACCUUGCUUUUAAUGAAAAAAAGAACAUUUUUUUCUGCAAACAGCAGCAAUGUUCAGUGAUUUACAGCUGUUAUCCAUUUUCUUUCUUUCUUUCUUUCUAGGAACUGCUUCCUGCAAAUUUGUUACCAUGCUAUCAUAAUGUCAAAUGUCAGGUCAAAUGCUGCCUUUUUUAAGCCAGUGGUGUAUCUAAGAUAUGGACAAAGUGCCCUCAGGUGUCACUGCCAGUACCUAUUUGACUCUUGGAGGAGACACAGUCACAUGAACAAAUCAACCAAGUCUGUACAAAGGGGCUAGCUGUUAGAGGAAUAACUCCCUUUUUUCUUUCUUAAGGGGCUUUUAAUUCCAUAAGUAACUUUUUGUUUACCAUUGGUUUGCUGCGCAGAGUUUGGCACUCCGGACUCAUUUGGUCAUCAAAUCUCUUUUACUGUACUAUUAUUGCUAUUUUAUUUAUUAUUCACAAUUUCAUACUUUUGUGAACAUUGAUUGGGCUAUUUAAGAAUGCUGUAAGAUCCAUAAUCAAAUGUUGACAUUUUGUUUUGUGCAUUUUGCUGUUUUAAUGUCAACUAUAAAACAGGUUAAGGUGCUAAAAUGACAGACGUGUUUCUGUUCCAUGGGCAAAGGAUUUUCAACCGCUGUUGUUAUGAUGGAGUUAUGAUUCUGAAUCUGUGCUGCAAUAAAAAUGUCAUCAUAUCUGCAAACCACA